UCCGCGGCUGGUCAAGCUUUCGAAAGGGCCGCCGACAUUUACAACAAGAACCUCAACGAGCCCGACGAUGCCGCCAACGUCCUUGUAGAUGCCUUCAAGGCUUACCGCAAGGAGGAGCCGCAAAAGGCUAUCCGUUGCGUCGACUACGCCAUCGAGCGUUACUGCGCAAAGGGGAACUUCCGCCGCGCUGCCGGCCACAAGGAGGCCAUUGGUGAGAUCUACGAGCAGGACCUGGGCGACACCAAGAGUGCCAUCGACGCCUACGAAGCAGCUGCUAGCUGGUACGAAGGUGACAAUGCUACAGCCCUUGCCAACAAGCUCUGGCUCAAGGUCGCCGACGUCGCCGCCCUAGAGGGUGACUACUACAAGGCCAUCGGCAACUACGAAAAGGUGGCUGAGGUUUCCAUCAACAACAACCUGAUGAAGUACAGCGUGAAGGAAUACUUCUUCAAGGCUGGCAUCUGCCACCUUGCCAAUGGCGACCUGGUGGCCGCCCAGCGUGCCCUCGAGCACUACCGCGAGAUGGACCCUACCUUUGGCGCCCAGCGCGAGUUCGCCCUCCUCACCGACCUAUGCGCCGCCAUCGAGGCUCGCAAAGAAGACCAAUUCACCGACAACCUCUUCAAGUUUGACCAGAUCAGCAAGCUCGACAAAUGGAAGACGACGCUGCUCGUCCGAGUCAAGAAUACGAUUGGCGCCGGUGACGAUGAUUUCGCCCCUAGUGGUGGUGUCGACCCCGUCGAUGAUGAUGAUGAUGAGUUUGCCUAA